GAUAAAAUGGAGUCCAAUGGUGUUUCUCCGACCACAUAAAGCGUUGCCUAUUCUCCGUGGCCAGGGGAUGGAGACCACCGUGACGGCGGCUCUGAAGCCUUCAUUGCUACCAUCUCCAAACCACAAAACUGCGUUCAUAACCAGCGAUAGGUUCUGCGUGACCCCACUGAAACGCUCAACCCUGUUUCCCUAUUCUUCCGCAGCUCGUUCUCUGACCCUCAGGUGCACCGGCGGUAAUGGUAGUAGCUCGGAGAAAGGCGAACCGCGCAAUUUGAAGGACGCCUUGUCUGGAAUGGUGGACGCGAGACUAGAGGAGCUCCUGACCCGAGAAGAGAACCGGGUCUUGUUUGAUGGGUUGGAACAAGCGACCCGGAGAGUGGAAUUGGCCAAGAAAGAGUUGGCUGAGAUUGAAAGACAAGAAGUUGAAGCGAAGGCCAUGAGAGAUUACAUUAUCCAGCUCGAAACCAGAGCUUCUGAGAUUGCAGAAUGCCAGAAAGAUAUUGCAGAAGCAAGAGCUAUGAUCAAAGAGGCAGAGCAAGCUCUUGGUAGCGGGGAGGCUUUGGGGGAAUCAGGAAAUGAAGCAAUGAGUAUAAAUGAUGAGAGAUUAGAGUCUGUAAAAGCUGCAUUGAUUUCUGCUGUUGUAGGCACCAUUGCAGGGCUUCCCAUUUCUUUGACUCGGAUCGCCACCACUUCUGAGCUCAUACUUCCCCUAGCCAUCACUUUUGUUAGCUGCGCGCUGUUUGGAGUAACCUUUCGUUAUGCAGUAAGAAGAGACCUGGACAAUUUUCAUCUCAAGUCUGGAACAUCUGCAGCAUUCGGUUUUGUGAAAGGCCUUGCAACGCUAAGCAAUGGACCGCCAUUAGAGUUGAACUCUGCAAGCUUCAUUUCUCAUGCACUGGAUGGAGCAACCUCUGUAUCUGAGAAUCUGUUGAUUUUCCUUUUUGCUGCUGUUGGUUUGGACUUGUGUAUAAAGUUGAGGAUUUUGAGUCCAUUUCCUAUUGACAGAUCGGCUCAAGACUGACACUUUAAUUUUGUUAGAUCUAUUAUAGGUAAGCAUGUGUUUAAGGUGGUUGGCAUACUUAUUGAUGACAUCAUUUGAUCUUGCUUUGAAUUUGUCAAAAUGAUAGUUUGAACUGAUAAAGUUAUAGAUAACCUAAGGUGAUUUACCUU